CCUUGGCCGUGCCUUCUGGCCCGGUCCGCCAGCAGACCUUGGUUUGGGGGUGUAUCCGGGGGGGCUGCUGUCAGGCACGCAACAGAACUGGGGCGCCCUGCAGCCCAGCUGCGCAGCCUAGCGUGAGCAGGCCCGGCCAGCUGGAAGGUGGGCCGGCGGGGCCCGGGCGCGGCGGGGGUGCCCAGGCGCUCUGUCCCGACCAGGUGGCUACUACCACGGAAAGCUCGUCUUCCCCAGAGAGUUUCCUUUCAAGCCCCCCAGCAUCUACAUGAUCACCCCCAACGGGAGGUUCAAGGUCAACACCAGGCUGUGUCUGUCCAUCACGGACUUCCACCCGGACACGUGGAACCCAGCCUGGUCGGUGUCCACCAUCCUGACGGGGCUGCUCAGCUUCAUGGUGGAGAAGGGCCCCACCCUGGGCAGCAUAGAGACCUCGGACUUCACGAAAAGACAGCUGGCCGCGCAGAGCUUGGCCUUCAACGUGAAAGACAAAGUCUUCUGUGAGUUGUUCCCCGAAGUUGUGGAGGAGAUCAGGCAGAAGCAGAAGGCGCAGGAGGAGCUCAACAGCCGGCCCCAGCCGCUGCCCCUGCCCGACGUGGUCCCCGACGGGGAGACGCUCCCCGGCCAGCGCGGGCUCCCGCUGCUCAACGGCGCCUGUCACUGCACCUCGGCCGCCGGCCACGCGGGUCUGGCCAGCCGCGGCCAGCAGCCCAUCGCCCACGUCUAG